CUGACGCGCCUCCGAUUGGAAGAUGAAGUGGUGUCUCAUGAAGUUUUGCAGACUCAUGUGUCUAACAGCAACGUUCCCCCUGCUCCUCAUGGAGCUGGCGGGUCUGUGUCGCUUCUACAAGCGUGUGUUUCCGCUCCUCGCCUACAACAUCACCUUUUCUUACAACGACAAGAUGCACCGGCUGAAGCGGGAGCUGUUCCGAGGCUUGAGCAGGUUCGCCAGCAGGGACGGAAGCCUGGCUCUACUCGAGAUCGGCUGCGGAAGCGGAGCCAACUUUGCCUUUUAUCCGAAUGGCUGCACCGUGCUGUGCAGCGACCCGAACCCGCACUUUGACAGGUACCUGAAGAGGAGCAUGGCGGCGAACCCGCACCUGACCUACAGCAGGUUCAUGGUCACCGCUGCCGAGGACAUGAGGGACGUCGGGGACUCGUCUGUGGACGUGGUGGUCUGCACUCUGGUCCUGUGUUCGGUCAGAAACGUCCGGAAGGUUCUGAUGGAAGUUCGGCGCGUCCUCAAAACGGGUGGGGCCUUCUACUUCCUGGAGCAUGUGGUGUCAGACUCGCCGUCCUCCUGGAUCUACUUCCUCCAGCAUGUUCUAGAACCUCUGUGGUACUACCUCGGUGACGGCUGCACCAUCACCAGGGCCACUUGGAGAGAUCUGGAGUCUGCAGGCUUCUCGCAACUUCACCUCAGACACGUCACGGCUCCGGACGUGACUUGUUUAAUACAGCCACAUAUCAUGGGAUAUUCCAUUAAAUAACUUCACUUUCUCAACUCCUAUACGUACUCUGAUACCCUGUACUGUAUUGAGGGUUAAACCAUAACCAAACAAAUAUAAGUUUGUGCACUCUCUCCUGUGGGAUGUUUGAAUACGGUGUAUUCACUGGCUUUAUUUUAACACCUAAAAAAAAAUCCAAAUUGUGUAUUUACCAAAAAACAGCUGGGGCUUUAAAAGAGAUUAAUUUAAUUUAAGUAAAUGCAGAAGAAAAAUAACAAAUCUUACUCACAUAUACUCUUCAUUUUUCAGUUACAAGUACGAAACAUUAUAUAGCAAAACAUCCAUGUUGAAGGAGACUGAAUGAGAUUGUGUUUAGAUGGGAAUUUUAAGUUGAAAAAAAAGGCAGGAUAGAAGCAGAAAAAUGCUAUUCUGAGGACUUUAUGCUGCAAAGAGCCACUCAAUGGAGCACUCCCACCUGUUGUUGAUGCUUAUGAGAACAGACUGAACUUCAUUGUGUAUUCAUAUUAAAAUGCAUUCAUUCAUGAUUCAUUAAUUAUAAAACUUGUAAUUUUAAAAUAUAAUUUCCCAUCGCUAUUUUUAUGCAGAGUUUAAUGAACUUGUUGCGACGAAAUGCAUUUGCUUUGAAGGCCUUAUGUCACUGGUAUUUAUCUGUUAGUUUGCAAAAUACCUAUAAAACAGAUGUCAGGAGAGGAUGAUAAAGAGACAAGGGACAUGCCAGUAAAUUUUGGUGGUGUUCCACAUCCAAAUCACCAUCCACGAAUCAUUUCACAGUUGUCCACUCUCUGUGGCUGGAGGAGCUGCAGCCCGAGCUCCUGUUCAGUGUGUGAUGUCCAUGGAAGUUCUGGAGCACCACUGCCACCUGCUCUACCAUUGAGCUCAUUGCUAUCGACUACACUUGAAAUGGUAACACAUUGAAUAGGUCACACAAAUGUAAGGCAGCAAUAUAACAAUGAGAAUAUGGGUGGAAACAAGCACAGCACCAACUCGCCAAACAUCACCAGACGCCAGGACACGAUUAGAUGGUUCUGUUUAUUCUGUAUUACUUUUACAUAAAGUAUAAAACAAAGUACAACAAACCAAAAUUAGAAAAUAUGCUAGAAAGACAAAAACAAGUCGACACCUGGGGCGUGACCACCUUAAGAUGUCUGCUUCAGCAGUGGUUUGCACCCUCAUGGUAGUUUCAAAUCACCAAGUAACUCAUGUACAAUAAGUGAAGGGUUCAUACACAAACUAUUAACAAUAAAGAGUGAUGUGUGAUGUUAAUAAGCUUGAUUGUUAUUGGUUAUGACAAAAGUAUUGUUUCACCAGACGGUGCUGGGAUUGCAUAGUCCGAACUGGGGAGAACCAACGCGGAGCUCCGCAGCCGCUGCCGUUCUCGGUCGUGGUGUUUGUGAGGCCUGCACCUGAUCCGUCCCUGUGUUUGUUCCCUGAAUUUACAACAUCGUGCAUAUAAAUCUCACACUCCAAAUUCAGAUGCAAAAAAAGGAAUCCAUGUUAGAGCGGACGGAAUAGUGAUGUCUAAAA